CGCUGACACAAUGCGGGGAACAGGAGGCAUUGUGCGGGUGGCGAUCACCGUCCUCAACGCAGUUCGGUUCAUGGUGGGGGCAUGGUGUACGGUGCCGCUGCUUGGCUACGCGGCAUGGCAGCAUGGUCUUGGAACUGCACUCAAGUUUGAGCGUCUUUUCAAGGUCGCUCGUAACGUUCCUUGCGGUCGGGACUUUAUAUCGGGCCUCUGCGGCUUCAUCUCGCCGUACACUGGCUCCAUCUCUCCUUUUGUUCUCGACAUGUCUCCUGAUGGCGUAUCCGUGGCCAUGAUCGAUCGUCCCUGGCUCCGCAAUCCCUUCAACUCGCUCCAUGCUGUGGCUCUGACCAAUCUCGGCGAGCUGACCUCGGCUCUGGCCAUGAUGAUGCUGCAGCAGUCGCGGCGAGGCAUGCGAAUCAUUCCCACGGCUAUCAACGCCGAGUUCAAGAUCAAGGCCCGCGGUACCAUCACUGCCUCGGUCGGCGAGCUGGACGUGCCUACCGAGCUCGGCAGCCACACCUACGACGUCGUGGUCCCGCUGCUCAACGAGGACGGCGCAGAGGUGGCGGUCAUCACCGUCUCUUGGCGAGUCACAAACUCGCCGGUCGUCGCUCCAUCGACCGUGGCGAGUGGCAAGAAGACCGAGUGA